ACACCUUGGGAGUGCUCUGAGCCGACACACUGUCCCACACACUCCUGGACACGCCACACAGGAGGAGCAGGGAGAGGACUUUUCGGGACUUAUCCAGAGUGGAUCCUGGGACUAUAGCUGAAAAAGUGGUCCAGGAUGAACUUUGCUGCCCAGUUCAUCUACGCCAACUAUGUCAGAGAUGGAUCGCCCAACAGAGUGAGAUUCAGCGAUAGUGAUGAGAAUGAUCCCUUCUGGCAGAGCGAGGAGCAGCGUCUUGGCUCAACAAAACAGGGAUGCUCCACCUCCUCCAAGAGUACCUGCAACAACGACGCCCCCGUCUGUAACGGGGUUGCGGGCCUGCGACCCACGCUCAUCCACCCAGAGCGCCUGAAGGACUUUGGUAUUGAGGAGGAGGAGUGCCUCAAUGGAGAAGUCAAGACCAAGGAGAUCAAGGUGGUGGGCGCCCCUGAGAUCCAGCUGAUGGACCCGCCCAAGACUAACAAGAAGAGAGGCAGCGAGAGCAAAGUAGUCACACCACCCAAGCCUGAGUACCUCUGCUUCGAUGACAUCAGUGCUGCAUCCUUCAAAAUCCAGUUGGGGAUGCAGAAGACCCCCUGCAUGUACUCCAGACUGUCCAAACAGUAUGGCAUGGAGAUCUUCCUAAAGAAGGAACACCUCCACUACACGGGCUCAGUGAAGGAGAGAGGUGUUCUCUACAUGCUCACCUCCCUCAACCAGGAGCAGCAGAAAAAGGGGGUGAUCGUGGCUACAGACUGUAGCUUCUCCAUGGCCGUGGCCCACCAUGCAGUGCAGUUGAGGAUCCCAGUGUUUGUCAUCAUGCCAGCCAGCUGUGCCCAGCCCCACCUUAGGAUGUACCGUGACUACGGCGCCAUGGUAAUCUCCUACGGCAGCACGGCCAGGGACUCCCUGAACCACGCCCGCCACCUGGCCAAGGAGAACGGAUACCUCUGCCUGGAAGAGGAUGAUAGUGCUGUGUACUUGGCAGGACUGGGCACAGUAGGCAUGGAGAUCUAUGAGCAGGUGCCCAAACUAGAUGCAGUCAUUGUGCCCGCUGGUGGACAGUGUAGUCUACUGGUUGGCACAGCAGCUGCCAUCAAACACCUCAACUCACGCAUCACUGUCAUAGGAGUUGAACCAGAAGGAUUCCCGCUGCUACUACAGUCCCUCAAAACAGGCAGCCCAGUGACUAGAGAACUAUACAGCACCCCCAACAAGAAGCUUUAUGGAGACCUAUUAGAGCACUCAAUGGGGACCCACACCUUCCAGCUGGCUAAGAAAUUUGUGGAUAAAGUCAUCUCUGUCAGAGAGGAGGACUCUCUGGUAGCCAUGCUAAGGUUCCAGGAGUUUGAACGCUCCACGGUGGACACAGAGGGAGCCAUGGGACUGGCGGCCAUCUUGGCUGGGCAACUACCAGAGCUGAAGGGCAAAAGGGUAGCUGUGGUGGUCAGCAGUGCUAACAUGGAGUUGGACCUGAUCAGACAAUGUGUUGACCGAGCCCUGUUUCUGGACGACCGGGUCAACAAGUUUACGGUGCAGUUGGGAGACUUUCCGGGGGACAUGGCCAAGCUACUGGACAUCCUGGCCCGAGAGGACAUCAAGUUGUUAGAUGUUUGCCACCGUAGACACGAUGACAGAGGCGAUCUCUUCAAGGCCCAGGUGGAGUGUGUGGUGGAGACCAGAGAUAAGACACAGAGCACUCAGCUCCGCAGGACACUGUCUGAACGCUACCCCACACUACGCUGGCUGGACCGGUGAUCAACACUUGUCACGGCUCUCACUCUGAACACACACACACACGGACAAAGCAUGCACACACGUACACACAUGCACGUCACUCGCAGACACACACACAAUUAAACAUACAAUGAAACAGAAACAUUGUGAAUAUAUAUACGAACUAACACAUAACACAUGAACUCUUUGCUGCAAAACUACAGAAUUGCAAUUGCUUUUGAAUAUCAGUGAGUAUAAUAAAGCCUUUUGAUUAGUAGAGAUUAUACAGGGAGAUAAACUUAAUACGGGAAUACAUGGCAUUUACUGCAGAUGCUGCUCUGAUGAGAAAACAAUACUUUCACCCAACACUUCUGUUAUUAGGGAGCUCAGGGGGUACUUUUGGGCCAGUUUCCCAGACAAAGAUUAAGCCCAGCUAGUCCUGGACUAAAAAUCUAUUUCAAUGGAGAUUCUGUAUUGAGCAUACUUUCUAGUCCAGAACUAGGCUUAAUCUGUGCCUGGGAAUUGAAUUGGUGUACAUAUUUCUAUAUUUAUAACAUAACAGUUGUAGUGACAAUUAAAACCAAUGUGUUCUGGAAAUAAAAGUUGAUGAUAAUGUA